AUGCAGUUCUCGCUCCAGUACGCCGCCUAUGUCGGUGCAUUACAGCCCAAAGCAGCCGCAGCCGACAGGCCCGGCUUCGUUUUUCCCUCUCUCCCCGCCGUUGCAAAAGAGCGCCCGCCCGCCCCGAGCCCGGUGCGGCCUGCGCUUGCUGCUCGCUGGAAGCGGCGCGCGAAAAGGCGAGGCGAGGCGGGCGGGGAAGGAGGCGAGGGGGGAGGGGUGGCUCCUGCUGCUGUUGCCGCCACAGCGCUCGUCGCCGCCUCCCCUCCCCCUCCUCUCUGCCUCUCUCCCCGGCGGGGGCUCCUCGCCACAGCCUCUCUGCUCCGCUCUCGGUCAUGUGACCCUAACGUAACCGGACAGGAAAAGCCGCCGCCGCCGCCGUCUCCGACUCCGUUGUUGCUGCUGCUGCUGCUGGGCGCGCGCCGAGGCGGCGGCGGGGGCUCCCGGAGAGCGCGAGCCAGGUGAGCUCCGUCUGCCCCCCCCCCCUGCAUACACAAGGUGAAUCGGGGCGGCGGGGGGGGGAAAGAGGGAGGGGGAAGCGUGAGCGGCGGCGGAGGAGGAGGCCGAGGCGUCCGACUGCUCCCCCACCCCGCUCCAUGCCCACCAUUGUGCUGGCGGUUGGGCUAGGCCAGGUCGGGACCCGAAAGGAGGGAAAGGGCGGCCCGAGCACCUGAGGGAGAUUUCGCGACUAACCGGCGGCGGCCUCGAGACGGUGGAGGCUGCUGCCCCCCCCCCCCGGGGUCGGCGGGUGGGAAGGUCGCCCGGUCAGGACCCGAGGGGGGGGGGAUUUCUGCUCUCACCAGCCCUGGCCCGCGGGGUCAGCGUGAGCUGGGCUCGGUUCGGGCCCCUGGGCGCCUGCUUUCCCCGCUCCCUCCGGUCUCCCUCCCUCCCUCCCUCGGAGCCGCCGAGCUACGCAGCGGCCUUCCCCGCUUUUUCUCUCACCAGCGGCAGCAGCAGCAGCAGGCCGGCCUAGAGAGGGGGGAGGGGCGGGCGCUGAGGCAGCCGCGCGGAGCGGGAAAGGGAGGGGGAGGGAGGGAGCGAGAAGGAGGGAGGGCGGGGGGGGUUGAUGGUGGGCGGCUCCGUCUGCGUCUCUUCAGCAGCCUAGGCGGCCCUGGCGACAGCGGCGGAUCCCGUCUCUCGCGCGCCUUAGGCGCCGCAGCUCGCUCGCUCGCGCUGCUUACGUCGCCUCGCGCCGCCGUCCGUCCUCGCGUACGCCCCGCCCCCCUCCGGGAGCUGCGUGUACGCGCACGUGGAGACCUCGCGUCGCCGAGGGGAGGGGGAGGGAGGGCAGGGGGCGUGGCGUAGGCGGAGCUGCGGCUGCGAGAGCCCGGGGGCGCGCGCGAUGGCUGCGGCGGCUUGGCUUUGCCUGUCCUCUUUCCCCCGCCCGCCCACCGACGGGCAGCCAAUAGGAAACGCCGUCAGCGCAGGCACCCCGUGAUUCACCGCGGGAAACGCCGGGUGAGGAGCUAAAAGGAAGGUUGCGGCGCUCCUCCGCUAUUGGUUGCUGUUGAUUUCUCUCCGUCCGGCUGUCGCCUAUGAGCGCCGCCUCGGAGUCUCGCUGGCUCUUGUGGGUUGUUUAGAGAAGGAGCCGGACGGUCUGCUUCCUUGCCGAGCGAGCAGCCGCUUAGUUUGCAAAAUGCUCCUUUCCCCCGCUUCCUUCCUGGCCGGGAUGCAGACGGGAUUUGCCACUUUUAUUCGGCGCCUUAAAGCUCUUAAGUCUUUUAUUUCGAUAAUUUCUGUUUGCGCGCAGUAGCAGACGAACCAGGAUCACAACCACAAGAGCCUCAGAUUUUUAUUUAGUGCCCCAAACCCAAUGUCCUGGUCAUCUUGGACUGAAAAACAAAUCCGUUAAAGGGGGAUAUUUAACUUUUAAGUUAUCACCAGAUUCCCUGGGACUCCUUUGUUUUAAAUCCAAGUGUUUCAGGUCUGUACAUUGGAAUAGCAAUGUUGUUGUUGUUUAGUGGUUUAGUCACGUCCGACUCUUCGUGACCCCAUGGACCAGAGCACGCCAGGCACUCCUGUCUUCCACUGCCUCCCACAGUUUGGUCAAACUCAUGCUGGUAGCUUCAAGAACAAUGCCCAACCAUCUCGUCCUCUGUCGUCCCCUUCUCCUUGUGCCCUCCAUCUUUCCCAACAUCAGGGUCUUUUUCAGGGAGUCUUCUCUUCUCAUGAGGUGGCCAAAGUAUUGGAGCCUCAGCUUCAGGAUCUGUCCUUCCAGUGAGCACUCAUUUGCAUAUAACACUUAAUCCAAGGAUCUGAGAUUCACACCAUAAAAAUACAAUAUAGUUUUUUAAAAACCAUACAUAAAAACAACAAAACCCUUCCCUUCCACAAACACAUUUAAAAGAGUAUAGGAUGUUAAAUAGCCAAAGGCAUGGUGGAAGACUAAUGUUGUUGCCUGGUGAGAAAAGACCUGUUUUUGUGUUGCUGCCCUCUGGACAUCUUGUGGAGGAGGCACUUGAAGAAGAUCCUUAGAAGAUAAUCUGCGGGUCCGGGUAGGUUCAUAUGGAAAGAGGCAGUCCUUGAGGUAUUGUGGUCUUGAGCCAUUUACGGCUUUAUAGAUCAAAAUCAACACUUUGAAUUGGACCUGGAAACUAAAUGGCAGUUUAGUCAGUACAGUCAGGCAAGGAGUGGUGUAGUCAGUACAGUCAGGCAAGGAAUGGCAGUUUAGACAGUACAGUCAGGCAAGGAGUGGUGUAAUAAGCUACAACCAUUGUCCUGGCGAGCAACUUGGCCACAGGAUAUUGUUAAUAAUCUGGGGUGCAAGACAGCCUAAAAAUCCAGAUCAAGCUAGUGCCAUAAUUUAAUUAAGGUUUGAUGUGUUUAAUUUGGCUUGCGUUACAAAUUAUGUGCCGUGGGAAGUGAUGUAUUCUAAGCAUCAAAAAUUAUUGUGGGUAAGCCACUAAUUAAAUUAGGCAGUUUUCUGAAGUUGUGUAUCAGGUCAGUAAUGCUAGCCAAUCAACAAGUGUUGAUUGAAAAGACUAAUUUCCUUGUUUAGGUGAAGGAGGGGGAGGGGCAUAGACCAUUUGAAGUUCAAAGCCUCAAAAGAGAUGUGUGAAAAGUUAAUCCCCUUUGAGGUAGGUAAAAGGUAACGGUAAAGGACCCCUUGGCAGUUAAGUCCAGUCAAAGGCGACAAUGGGGUUGAGGCCAAGGGAGCCAGUGUUUGUCCACAGACAGCUUUCCGGGUCAUGUGGCCAGCAGGACUAAACCGCUUCUGGCGCAACGGAACACUGUGACAGAAACCAGAGCGCACGAAAACACUGUUUACCUUCCCGCCACAGCGGUAUCUAUAUAUCUCUUGCACUGGUGUUUUCGACCCUGCUAGGUUGGCAGGAGCUAGGACAGAGCAACGGGAGCUCACCCUGUCGUAGGGAUUCGAACUGCCAACCUUCUGAUCAGCAAGCCCAAGAGGCUCAGUGGUUUAGACCACAGUACCAUCCAUGUCCCUUUGAGGUAAUUAGCUUUAGCAUAGCAAAGGAGGGACCAGAGCUGAGGCUAGGAAAGAAGCUAUGAGGUUAGGGCUGGACUGAUGUAAUCAGGAAGCAGAAAGGAACUGCUAAGCUAUGUUGUGCCCUGCAGUGCAAGAUAGGCUGAAGAGAAAAGAUGGUGCUGAGCUUAUUGUUGUUGCUGCUAUGGAAUAAGCUGACAUGUUUUGGGCUGCUGCUGCUGCUGCUGCUGCCAACUUCCUCCAUUGUAGGCUCCAGGUUGUAUAUACAGUAUGUGUAAAUAAACCCGCUUAACAUCAUGAAAGAAGGAUGGAGCUCUGUAGAGGCACUGGCUGGGUUCACAGUUUCCCCCGCAUCGUGUUUUUUUGCGCACGUGCACAAACAUCAUAGUCAGGUCAAAAAUUAUGAAACCAGUAUCAUGAUAUGGACUUCAAACUGGUUUUGGACAAUAUAUUGCCCAGCCCUAGUGACAUUACACCACCUGUAACCUCCGCCUCCCAACUCUGCUAUAUACCCUGAGCUCAGGAACAGGGUCAAUCACUGGCCAUUGUCUGGUAAUUGCACCUUGAUUGCACUUUUCCCCAGGGCAAUUUCCUAAUGUUGGGCAUGUUCCCUUCAAUACUUCAAAUAUUAUCUAAAUUUUACCAUUUAUUAAUUUCUAACAUUCACUAGCCCUAGCAGUUAUGGGUGCCCUUUUAUCCCCAAAUUCUGUUUACCCCAGAUCUGUAACAGUAUGUUUGAGGAAAUUGUUUUAAACAAGUAUAUUUGCUUUACAGAAUUUAA